AUGACGUCAGGCUCAUGGGCGGCGUGGUUAGGCCACAAGCGUGGCUCCCAACGGGCAACAAGCGUAAAGGAUUACGAAGGCGGGGGGGAAGCACCAAAAGGUGGAAACCCCUACAUCUCUGAACGCUUCCAAACGAACAAUACCGCACCCGGCCCCCGAGCUUCCGCGCACCGCUGCGCAAACAAGCCCACACGCGGCUACGAGGCCCGGCCUCGUGCAUCGCAGAUGGUCAGACGUGUUCAUAUAACUACGCCUGUUAUGCGGACACGCGGUGCUGCAUGUCUCUCCCUCCUGACCGUGGCAUUCGGUGCGACCCGGGCGAGCCACGCUGAGGGGUUUUUUUUUACGGACGAGACCGGACGGGACGACAAGGUGAAGAUAAGACCCCAGGGCAGGUUACGUGGGCGAAAGGUGAACGUUGUGAGAGGUAACGAUCUAGUCUGA